ACAUUAAUAUUAUACAUUUGAGCAUGAUUGGUAAAGUAUGCAACGCUGCGUGCUUAUGUACGACAUUAGUUUAACAACGACAAGGCCUAGCUGGUGCUGUAUGAUGUACUUCAUACCGGGUGCUCAACACUGAGCACGAGCUGACAUGUUUAUUCUGUUCAUAAGUAUUACGCAACACAGAAUGCGUUUAGACCUCAUUUAACAAAGCAUAUCUGCGGUUAGAUAUUGUUUUCAUGUGCUGAACCCUAGUGACUUUGUCGAGGAACACAAUUCACACUUUUGUUCACUAUGCUUGUGUUCAAAAGUGUUGCAGUUCUAACUUACAUGCAUUGUUUUCGUUAUCGUUUGUUGUCUCCUAAAUAAUCUCAUUGUGUCAAGUGCGUUUAAACGCAUCUUUUCUUGGCUGUCUCAGAGCUGUAAUCUCCUAGUGCGCUUGGCAGCCUUGUUUUAAUCAUCAUGAAAGUGCAUCAUGCAUAACUUCAUCCUGAUAAUGUAGUUAUUUUUACCGUGAGCCACCUGUCUUAUUAAAUCCCUGCAUCAAAGUGUCGUCGAAAGCAUAUUGCUUUGGAUCAACAGCCAUUUAACAAGCCCGAUGAAACAGAUGGAGGUGGAUCAGCUGCUGUCUCUCUCAGGUUCAGCUCUGGCUCAGGCUAUCAGCUCUCUACUGGAAACCCCAGGCCUCUAUGUUUUCUCAGACAUACUAGAACUGCCCAACGUCCGUGAGCUGGAGACGGGUCCCCAUGCUCCAGUGUACCAGCUUCUCAAUCUUUUUGCGUAUGGAACCUACUGCGACUAUAAAGAGAGGGCAGCCUCACUUCCUGAACUCACACCCGCCCAGAAGAACAAACUCCGUCACCUGUCAAUCAUCAGCCUGGCCUCCAAUUUGAAGUGUCUACCGUAUUCACUACUGCUCCAGCAGUUAGAGCUGAAGAAUGUGCGUGAGUUGGAAGACCUGCUGAUCGAGGCUGUUUACAGUGACAUUAUCCACGGGAAACUGGACCAGAGGAACCAGCAGGUCGAGGUAGAUUGCAGCAUAGGUCGAGACCUGGGCCCCAACGAAUUACCCAACAUUGCCAACACACUGCAGGAGUGGUGUGCAGGUUGUGAAGCAGUUCUGUGUGGCAUCGAGGAGCAGGUGUCAAGAGCCAAUCAGUACAGAGAAAGCCAGCUCAAGGUCAAAGUUCAAGUGGAAACAGAGGUAUCAAACCUACAGAAAACCCUCAAGGCAAGUUCUGCUUCCCCAUCAUCUGGCCCCGCCCCUGCUGGAGCAGCAUCCAAUCAGGAUGCAGACCAACCAGCAGAGCCAAGAGACCCUGCCUCCUCUCAGGAACCACGGCAACCAGGAAAAAAGAGUUCAAAGGUCAAAGGGCUUCGUGGGAGCGGAAAGAUUUGGUCAAAGUCUAAUUGAUCUCGAUCUUCAGUCACCCGCUCACAGACAGGCAUAUUGUGGACUGCUUGCUUGGAUAGACAAAUAAACCAACCGAUGGCCACUUCUCAGACACAAACCAUCAUUAUAGUCUAACACAAAUACAACUUUUACACAACGCUGGGUGCGUGUUCAUGUGCGUGUGUGCUGUAAAUGUCAUUUCAUUUGACUCAUACUCCUUUUCCUUUGCGUGUUUGUUUUGUUCGGUAUUAAAUCUGGAUGUAAAUUGAUGAAGCCAAUGAAUAAAUGAUAUCCAUCUGUCA